ACAGCAAGAGCAGCGGCACGUUUUUUUCUCUUGAUUUAUUCUCCUUGUGUAAUCUGAGAGCGUUGUAGCUACAGCUUGAGUGGAGACAUCCAGAGCGCUGAGGCUAGAAACAGUGAGAGCUUCGGACUGAUACAGUUUACACUUUACUUACGGUAUGGAUAUAAAACUGGACAAAAUGGCAAGUUUAUGGUCGUUUAUUUUCCUCAACAUUUUGGGAAGAGUUAUCUGGGGUUUUCCGCAGCAUUGUAAACCUGGCAGCUAUUUUCAAGGACAGUGCAGAACUCCCCCCGAGGAAAAACCCAAAUGUACAGAUAUCAUGUUGACCUACUGUAAAGAUAUGCCCUACUCCACCACCAUGUACCCUAACCUCCUGGAUCAAAAAAGUCGCAGUGAGGCUGAACAGAGUUUGGAGUAUCUGCUUCUGAAUGUAAUUCACUCAGUGUUAAAUUGGGAGUGCAAUCCAGAUAUACGCAUGCUGGGCUGCUCCAUCAUAGCACCACGCUGUGAGGACCACAAGAUCCUGAAGCCCUGUCGCAGCACCUGCGAGUCUGUGCACAAAGCCUGUGACCACAUGUUUGAGAGCAUUGGAAUGGCUUGGCCCUACUAUCUAGACUGUGACCGCUUUUUUGUUAGUGAAGAGGAGGGCUGCUAUGACCCACUGGAAGGCCUGAGAGAGUCAGAGGAGACUGAAAUGGAUAGCAUGCCAAUAGAGGAGUCCUCAUCAGUAAUCCCAUUCACAUAUCACUCCAACAAACAGAUGUUCAACAUUCUCAUUAAGACAGCAGAAGACUGCUCUCACAUUUCAAGGACAUACAGCAUUGGACAGAGCACUGAAAAGAGAGACCUGUUGGUAAUUGAGUUUUCAAGCAACCCUGGAGAACAUGAACUAUUGGAACCAGAGGUCAAGUACAUUGGAAACAUGCAUGGAAAUGAGGUCAUGGGGCGAGAGCUGCUGAUUUACUUGGCUCAGUACUUGUGCUCUGAGUAUCUGUUGGGAAAUACACGGAUCCAGACUCUCAUCAACACAACACGCAUCCACAUUCUGCCCUCCAUGAAUCCUGAUGGCUAUGAAUUAGCCCUUUCUGAAGUGCACAGAAGUUCUUACACAGAUGAUGAGGAUGCCAUAUACACUGGGUAUGCAGCUGGCCGUCACAAUGCCCAGAAUAUAGACCUCAAUAGGAAUUUCCCAGACUUGACUUCUUAUGUCUACAACCAGCGUAGACUAAAGUACUUUCGCAGUGACCAUAUUCCCAUCCCAGACUCAUACUGGCUUGGUAAGGUUGCUCCAGAGACAUAUGCUGUUAUGAAAUGGAUACGGUCCAUUCCAUUUGUACUGUCUGCUAGCUUUCAUGGAGGAGACCUGGUGGUAUCUUACCCUUAUGACCUCUCAAAGCAUCCUCUAGAAAAGAACAUGUUCUCUCCCACUCCAGACGAGCAGGUCUUCAGACAGUUGGCCAAGAUUUAUGCAAAUGCCCAUGCCACAAUGUCCAGCCAGGACACAGACAGAUGUGGUGGCAAAUUUGCUGAUAAAGAGGGGAUUGUAAAUGGGGCUCAGUGGUACAGCAUAGUAGGAGGAAUGGGAGACUUUAAUUAUCUCCACACAAACUGCUUUGAGAUAACAGUAGAGCUGGGCUGUGACAAAUUCCCAGCAGAGGACGAUCUAUAUACAGGCUGGAAAGAAAAUAAAGAGGCUCUCCUGACUUUGUUGGAGUCGGUGCAUAGGGGAAUUAAAGGAAUUGUGAAAGACGAAGAUGGCCAUGGCAUUAAAGGAGCCAUUGUGUCAUUAAGAGGGAACAGGCAUUACGUCACCACAGCUGAAAAUGGUGAUUACUGGAGACUGCUGACACCAGGCACCCACAUUGUCAGUGCCUCAGCACCAGGUUAUAGCAGAGUCAUGAAGAGGGUGCACCUCCCUGCUCACAUGCAGACUGCUGGGCGAGUAGACUUUGUGCUUAAGAAAGUUCCACUGGAUCCAGAAAGUAAUGAAUUAAACAUCCUUCAUUUGGCUAGGUAUGAGCGAUUUGACCCUUAUAACCAACUGAACCGGUAUUACACAAGGGAAUCUAGGCAGAUGGAAGAGGAGAGGCAGGAGAAGCCAUGGUGGUGGUCCUAUUUUACACAGUUGAGUAAUCAAAACCCCACCUGGCUCUUGAGGAAUUAGCUCCAUCUAGUGCUCCAAAAGUAUUUUCACAACCUGCUCUUGGGUCAGUUUUAAGAUCAUUAUUAAUGAGUGUAUGGUACACACAUAAAGCAGUAACACUACAAUGUAUAUGAACACCUCUACUGAGAUUUUACAGCACAAUCUACAAACUUCUCUACACAAAAAAAAGAAACCUAUAUGAUUUCACCCCAAAUAUCAAUUAUCUAUAUCUGUAUCAAGACAAAAUCAACUUGAAUAUACUUAUCAGCAUUGCUUUUAUACUACUUUAAUAUAACAGUGGGUGGGGAAAAGUACUGAUAGGUAUAGGUAAGUAAGUAUAGGUAAUGUGUCAAAAUCUUACUCAAUUAAACGUGGAAGUAUUCAGCCAAAAAUGCACUCAAGUGAAAGUAAAACAGUUGCUACUUUUAAUAAGUAUUAAAAAGUCAAAUAAAAAUUAAAAGACUUUUAUAACUCAUCUAAAACUGUUAGAAGGUAAUUGUCCUUUUAAAGCAUCUAUAUAGGUUUACCUGAAAACAUUAUUCAAUCUCUGUAAGUUUGCUGGUCAUAUGCUUGGCUAAUGUAAUGUAGUUUAGUUUAGUAAUGAAUUAAACAGAAAUAAAAUAUCUUAACUAUCUAGUAAAUAACUAAUAUUUACAAUUAGCUAGAAUUUCACUUGCUAUUCAGUUACAUUACAUACUGGAAUCCAUUCUUGUCUAACCUGAUUUUAUCAAAGGAAACCGGCUAACUUAGUUAAAUAUAGGCAGUUAGUGUUAGCAAAUCUCUUUGAUUACUCCAGCAUAUUGAAACAUUUUACAAAGAUGGGGACAGGGGCGUUCAUCCAUAAAAUUCCACACUGCAUUCCAGUGGCUUAUUAUCUUCAGACACACUUGGAUAGCUAUAGCACUAACUGCAUCGUGUAUCAUGAGAAGGUUACUGUAGUUGUCAAAGUGGCAUGAUUUUUGAUAAUGUUUUUUGAUAUUGAUAAACUUGUUUGGAUGCUAAACUAAAAUGAUUGGAUGCUAAUUUGAGCCCAUUCUAUUGAUAAAUAUUGCACAGGCAUCAGCUGGAUGAGAGAAGAAGAGACUUAACAUUUUAAUGAGUACCUCGAAGGUCUACAUAAAAAUGUAAGGAUUAUAUUUGGAAAUGUAAUUAAAUAAGUGUACAAGUAUUCAAUUUUAUUAAUACUGGAAUAUAACGUAUAAAUAAAUAUAUCUAAGUAUAAAUAUAGCAAAAUGAAGUAAUACAUAGAAAGAUUAUUCCACCUUUGAAUAUAAGAACCAGUUUACUUACAGCACUUGAUUUUUUUAUAUACAUCCAAUAAUUUUCAGUGUCAAGACAUGUUGGCUGGAGAGAGAAUAAAGUUUGGAUUAAGAAUCUACAGUGUUUUAUCUGUUAUGUUAUUGGGAGAGAUUUUUUUUUGUCCACUAACCAGAAAGUCAGUCCUGUGUAGCUGAGCUAGAAAUGAAUAGAGGCUUAUUCUUGUCCAUUAUUCCACUUAAGAAGGAAUCAAAAGUGCACUGUGUCGAACAUGCUUGGGGAAUCAGAUUUGGAUAGUUUGGCUACUUUAGGACUUUUACAUAUUACAUUUAUAUAUUUCACUGCGAUAGAGCUUUGUGUAGCAUGUAAAAAAAUAAAUAAUAAUUAAGAAUGUUAAUCCUGCUUCACAAAUAUAGGCUCCUGCUGUCAGUGAUCUUAAGAGAGUGGGAGAAGCAGAGGGUGAUGGAAAGAAUCAAAGAUUCCUCAUGAGGGUGCCAGAUGUAGUCAGGAGGAAAAGAAAAGCAGAUCAGAAUGUGUGUGUGUGUGUGUGUGUGUGUGUGUGUGUGUGUGAGCAAGUCUGACAAGGCAAUUAUAACUGUAAUGUAGUGUAAGUUAGUAAUGAAACCUCCAUCUAUGAACAAUGAAGGAAUACAUGGCUGUAGGAGACACUGAGACACUCAGUUAAUUUUAACAAACAACAGUGUUUCCUUAAACUUUCAUAAAACACAAGAAACUGACCAGGAUUUUCUGGUUCCAUAUGGCAUAUGCUCACAUGAUCAGAUUUGUCAACACAGAAAGAUUUAUGACCCAUCUCAUUAACAUUCUUCAUGCUGUGCAUUUAAAUACAUGGACAUAUGUAUAUGUGAAGCUCUACGUGAAUGUUUGGGGGCAUUUACAUACAUUGUAAAUGUAUGUUUAAAAAAAAAAUCUAUGGAUUUUUUUUAUGGCUUGUGGAAAAGAAUGUUUUAAGCAUGAGAUCUUACAUGGAUUAACACAUUAAUGCAAAAAUAAUUACAUUUCAAGGAAAAUGUAUUCAUGGUGGGCUGAGACAGGCAAAAUGAUGUAUAUAGGUUGUAUUGAUGUUUUAAUUUAUUUAUCUGAAAUGUGCACAUAUGUUGUAGUUAAAGUCACUUUAGCUACGUUAGAGUCUUUUACAUUUACUUUACAUACAUAUUUGCAAAUCUAGUAUCAGUGUGACUCACGUGGUAUCCCAACAGGGGAAUCACUUGUUAAUUUUGAAAUAUAGUCUAGGAUAAUAGUGUUUAAUAAUGAUACAAGAAAUAAUUACUAUGCAAAUAAUUGCAGUGCUAUCAAAAGCUCAUUUAGAGUGGGAUCUGGGAGUGUAUCUGGACUAUAGUCUGGACUGAGUAGGGAACUCUCAGGCUCGGUACAAAAAAGGUCAGAGUAGAGUCUAACUUCUGUGGAGAGGAGGCUAUGAUGCGUCUGCAUGCUAUAUGUUCUACCACUCAGUGGUGCUCUUCACAGUGGCGUGCUGGAAGAUCGGGGAAUCUGAUACCAAUAGGACCAACAACUAAUGAGAAAGGAUGGAUCCAUAUUGGAUGUGCAGCUGGUCUGACUAGAGGAAGUGGCUGAGAGAAGGAUGCAGCAGAAACUCCACAGCAUCAUUGGCAACACUGCUCACGCACUCUAUAGCACAGUACUCGGCCCAAGCAAUGCUUGCAGCCAGAGACUCCCAAAGAGCAAUACAGAACAUGACAGGAGAUCUUUUCUUCUAGUGACAAUCAGACUGUACAACUCCUCGACUUUCUGUAGGGAAGCGUUUCUCCAAAACCUAAAUGUUGCUUAAUGUUGAGUAUACUUUUUGCACUUGUAAAGAAUAUUUAUAGUUUCAUUACCCAGUAUAGGUUUACAUUUAUUGUUAUUUGCAAAUAUAACACAUUUUAUAACUUUAAAUAAAUUCAUGUAUGGCUUUCCUGGAUGAUGAAUUGUGUAAUAGUAAGUGAACCACCAGGGGGCGGGGUUGUUCUAUUAAUUCAAUUUCUUUAACCGUUUUCAGACUAUAUAUGGAUUUGCAUUUUAGCAAUUAGUCUAGCAACUGUGUUGUUGUUGUUAUUGUUAUUGUUUUUAAAGAGUGACAUACAGACCGUGGUGACUUGCCUUAAGAUUGGAAAUUGUUAUUUCAGAUGAUGUCAUCAAACCAAGAGACUUCAUGACCUGUAAGUGUGUGACUUUAGGCUAAAAUAGUCAGGCUAAACAUCUGGCAACAGAAUGAACAGAAUUCAGCUUCUCACCCUUCACGUCUCAAUGAUCUCACUUAAGGAGAUCUUCCGGAAGAAUAUAACAUUCCCAAUUUACAUUUGGAAGCGCUCAUGGUUGACUUGACUAUAUUUUGUACUAUUGUAGCUAUAAUCACCACUUUCUAAUCAUAUUAUGGUAUUAUUUGUUAAUAGAUUUAUUUUGUUAUAUAACAUGUUAGUAUUUACAUUUUAUAAUCACCCUGAAUUGAAAUCAGUACUUUUAUGUCUGCAAUUCAAGUAAUGUAUAUUAUAAAUGUUUCCUUGUUAAAAGUCAUUUUAGAUUCUAACAGUCCAUAAAUCUCCUGUAUCUGUUGAAUUGGGUGGAGAUCUGGUUACUGUGAUGGUCUUAACAUAUGAUAUACAUCCUUUUCCCACUCAUCAAACCAUUCAGUAAGGCUUUGUUCUCUGUGGAUGGGGACAUUGUUAUCCUGUAAAAGAGCACUCCCAUCAGGAUAGAAAUGCUUCAUCAAAAGACAGGUGGUCAAAAGAUUUCAGAAAAAAAAAAAAACCCAUUGUAUUUCAAAUCAUAAUUUCAGUUUUCUCUUCUUUUUUUUACAUACCAAAACUCGACUAUUUUGACCAUGUGUAGUUUUAAUGUGAACAGAACCCCUCCUCUGGCUUUUUGAUUGUGAAUAAAUUACCUUUUUAUGAGUCACCAGGAUGAUGCAUUGUGUUCAGCCAACUACAAGAACAGUAUUUGAUUCAUCAGUAAUAGCUCAGUAUCAUCUCCAGUGCUGCUUGUUAUUCUGCAGCAAUUACUGGACUGUAGGAGAUAAUUACUUCAGCAGGAGAUAAUAAGCUUGUUUCUUUGUUAAAGACCUUAAACAAAAUUGAGCAAAACACACAAAGCAAGGAGAACAUCGCAAGACAAGCAGGAAUCUCUACAAAACAAGAUCACUGUUGUCAGAAAUACCUUGGUUAUAUGAGCAAACCAAGCUGUAUUAAAGCACAUCCUCUUUAUUGGUUUGUUUAAUGCAAAUAAAGUAUAAAAUACAGCUGUAUUUUUUUCACCAAGAUCAAGUAAAACAAGCGUGCCCAACACAUUUGCAAACACUAAUGGCUUUAGUGAAGCUUACUGUAGCUAUGAUUUGUUUGAUUUUCUUUCUACAACCACAACAGGUCAUUGCAAAGAAUAUGACAGAAGCUUAAGAUUGACCCUGAGACUAAUGUAUUUGUUCAAACUUGUCAUGGAUCAAGUCUUUAUUUAUGCACAUUAGACUUUUCCAUUUGUUGUUGUUUCAGUCUAGUGCACUUCUUUCAGAGCAGUGAGGCACUGACUCUAAACUGUGUCCUUUCCACAGAGGCCUACAACACAGUGUUGCCUUUACUCUCUUUUAUUGUUAUCUCAUGACUUGCAAACUGAAAUUUCUCUCUACUUAAUCUACAGUUUUGUGUGUUGUUUGGGCUUAGUCAUUUCAAUAAAUUUCAAAUGACUCUCAUUAUUUUAUAAUCUGCUCUGAAAUGACCAUCACAAGUACCCAAGCCUAUACAUUAGUUAGAAAUAAGUUAUUCUUGCACUGGUUAAUUUAGCCUGUCAUUGUCUAGACAUUGUGAAAUUGGGUAGAAUUAUGCAUGUGCAAUUAUGAUGUAAGAGCUAACAUCUAAAUACAUGUUCGUGAUUUUAAUGGACAUUAUGACCACGCCUCCACAAUAAA